GGAUCCUCCCGAGCCGUUCGUCGCCCUGCCCUUUCUUGGGUUUUGGGUGUUGGGCAGUAGUCUUUGUCCGCGCCGAAGUCUCUCUCUUGCAGUCACCGCGAGGAACUGCAUUUCGGCUUUCUUUCGGCGCGGCUGUUGGGCUCUCGGUCUUGUCCCUUCGGUCCAAGAUCAUCGCGCGCGCCACUGCGAUGAGGAGCAUCACCUCGGCAGGCCGUUGCGCCCCGUUUCCUUCUUUCGCAGCUGUUUCUAGUGUGACUCUCAUGUAUAUACAUAUAGCUCAUAGCGACUUAACACAGCGAAAAAGAAAGUCGACACUUCUUUAGUGUACAUGCAUUCGAGGCACCCUAUUACGAAUUCGAGUCAUUGAAGCAACAUUCUCUCGCAGAGAAAGCUUUGUACCUACAAGAUAUACUUGACUCCCCCACCGCAACGUCAAGUUUAUAACAAGUAUCAAGAUCUACCUCACCACGCGUUGGAAACAACUUUACUACUGAAUAGGAAGAUGAUAAAGAUGGCGAAGCUUUGUCUGGGUGUGCUAGCUCAGGCGACAUUUGUGUGCGCAUUCGCAACCAAGGAACAAUCGAGCAAAAUCAUCAUCACGGAAAGCGGUAUGGAUGAUGAACAUGUGAGUAGACCCCAAAUUCUCCCGAACUCUCUGCGUGGUUCCGGCGUUCGAUACGCGGACCAGAGUAGCGGCACUUGGUCCGUGAAGGAGGGGUUAAUGUUAUGCGUGGUUUCUCUCCAGAUUACCAAGUAAUCAACAUUAUUAUUAUUUGUAACCCUAGUGAAUUUAUUACAGUCAGUUUGCAGGCUCUAGUUUUGUAUAGGCAGAAGCACCACAAAUCAAUUGUCGUGUGAUGGAUGAUUCAAAGAACUUUACCUAGGUGGACCGCGGAGGUCCUAAAAGACGGACAAAAACGGGAAACACAAUGUGCUGUGCCCUGUAGGCAAAAACGGUCAAAGGAGGACUAUAACACGGAGCACGCACCACUACAUGAUAACUAUGUGAAAAAAAUGCGCAGAACACUGUCACAUGAACAAUAUCCAAGCAGCCUCCUUCUAUCUUGUUUGUCUCUAAGUUGUGCAAUUGCAACGGGUCUCUUCGCGCCUAGCGACGUCGACACAGACGAAUUCACGCAAGUGUUGGCAGCAUCGUUUCUCGGCGCCGUGGGCGUUAGUCCGAACACUUUUCUUUAUGCUCAACAUUCAUUGAUGAAGUUUAUCUUGUAAAUGUAAUGAUUUUUGAGUGUAUAACGGAUGUGUUUCUUUUUAUCAGAUUCGAUUUGUUCAGGAGGAGGUUGUAAGUGCGUAUUUGAUUCAUUUCCACUUAUUUUUUCAUUGUUUUAGUUUUGUUCAUAUUCAUUGAGAAGUAUACGUAGUUUGUUAGGUGGGGCUUCUAAUGAAGGGAGGAGAAGGAAAAGCUCGGGCCAAAGGGCACGCAAGUGGCUCGUUGGAUUCUGGCAGUUCUGAGUAUUAUCGUCUUUUUGCUGGCGGGAACAACCGUCGCAUUGUAUUUCCUUGUCAUACCGCCGACAAUUCCCAAAGGCUUUGUGGACAGGUACUACUACUUCUAGUUUUAAAAGAAUACCAAAACCUAAGUUUUUGAUAGAAGAAUACACAGUACGUAGGUAGAGAUCAUACGCGGAAAAGAGUGCUUGAAUACCACUUGUGAACGUUUUUGAAGUGGACCAUCCAGCACUACUCUCAGUGUAUUGUACUACUUAGGAUCAUGAUCCACCAAAAAUAUGGACAAUGUCGACGACUCAUUGAUUUAUUAGACUGAAGAUCAUGAUUGAUAAUAUUAUUUUUACCUCAAAUCUAAUAUUGAAGAUUUAGAUCUGAAUCUUCUAAUGUUCUUCUUUCACUGAGAAUGAUGUUUUGCUUCGAAUAUAUGUAAUCGACCUUACUUUUUUUAUAGGACACCGGAACUGAAUGCGUUGAAAGAGAUGCUAGAGGACUACAUGGGGAAAUACAAGACGUUGUAUACGAGAAAGGAGGAAAAGGACGCAGCAAUCGCAGCGGAGAUCGCGCGCCAGAAGGCUGAAGAUUAAGGCUCAGACUUCAUUGGUCACCAGCACUUAGAUUUUGGUCACUGACAUCGACACUUGGUCACAACCUAGAUUGGGAUCACCGACAUCUUGAGAGAACAGGGGAAGUGGUCACUGACAUCUUCGGAGAAGAGACCCCGCUAGAAAACCAAUAGGGGAAUCAAGUAAUGUAAGGGAGAUAAAGAUGAGAGCUCUGUACCAGGGGGUCUUGUCCCUUCAGAAUCUAGUAUAGAUCUUGUGCUUGUCCCUUGAGCUUAAUUAGUAAAAGUAGAUAAGUACUAUGUAUUUGAUUGAUUUUCUUCCUGUAUUAUGGCCAGUGCCAGUCCAAUCAAGCUGAUGAACAAGUUAAGGCCAGUGCCAGUCGUUGCUGGGGCCUUAAGGCUGUUGUCGCGCGGCUCGUAGCGGACCCUGCGGAUAGCGCCGGUGGACGUGUGUCAGGGGUGCGUUAGUGGGUGAACAAACAGGUCGUCAGUUCUAACGAAAGUGCAAAAGGAAGUGGAAAAAUGUCAAACAAGAAAUGCUCGGUCCAUAAGGAAGAGAGGAGUGGAAAGACCCAGAAGAAGGACAUCGGUCACACUCGGUCACUGGCAACGACUUUACUCAAGUCCCCGCCUCGGUGGAUCUGCUCACUUUAUCCAAGUCGCCCAUCAUUCUUGGAGUUGAGCUAGGAGCCCGGGGGGCUCAAUGCGCAGAAUCCACAACCUAACCUAACCUCCAUUCUAGUAAGGCUUAGGGCUCUACAACAGGAACUAAUGACGACCUGGAGCUAAAUUCUCUAAGAAAUGGAGGAGAGGGAGCGACAAGCUGCAGAGGCCGCGAGAAUCGCAGAGGAGGAAGCGAGGAAGGCAGAAGAGGAAAGGAGGAUCGCAGAGGAGGAAACGAACCGAGCAGCAGCGGAGGCCGCGGCACAAGCGGAAGCCGAAGCCCUAGCCCAAGCACAAGCUGCAGCCGAGGCUGAGGCGGCAGCACAACUUGAGGCGGAGAAGGCAGCGGCAGCGGAGGCAGCGGAGAUCGCGGCAGCAGAGGGAGCAGCAGCAAAAGCGGCACUAGAAAGCCUACCUGAGGGCAACGAGUACGGAGCAAAUGACGAGGAUGGCGAUGGUCUCAUAAGUGUAAUGCCUGAAGGUCCCGAAGUUGCGGUUGCAGUCCAAGGCUUCGGUGACUCGUUUAUGACGUAA